AUGGCUGACAGCAAGGAAGACCCGCUGAGGGGCGUGCAGCGGUUCAGCCCAUCGGAGGCGAGGAGGAACGAGCUGAUGGAGAUCCGGAGGAGGAAUGACGAGAAGCUGUCGCAGCAGAAGGAGAAGAGGAGAGGGGAUGGAGGUGUGGUUGCCGGAGGAGGGGUGUUGGGGGGAGGAGCACGUGAGGUUAAUCUCGGACGAUUGCAUUCAGCGAGGAUUCGUGCCGAUCAAGCUGAAAAAGACCGACAACAUGCACUCCUGUGUGAGGAAGCAAAGAAGAAAGAGAAAGAGAAGCUUGAGAUGAAGAAACAGAUCCAAAGGAUGAAGAGUAUGAAGAACGAGCAGCUGGAAAAUAAGAGGAACCAAGAUCUUUCGGAGACAGUGAGAGCAGCAUGGAGUUCGCGAGAUUCUGCAGGAAAGGACUUGGCCGACGAAGCAGAUAGCGAGGAGCUUGCACUUCAGAAGGCGCUUGAAGAGUCCAUGAAGAUAUCUUCAGGCGAGCGAAAGGCGACGGCUCCGGCCAAUCGGAUAAAACGUUGCGAGUGGUGUGAUAGCAUCCUCAUGCAAGACUGGAAAACAAGCUGUUGUGCCGCCUGCAGUGCAAUCCGUGAGGACAGCAUUGAUGCUUUCUCAGAGCAGAGAAGUUCUCCUGACGACCAGCGAGGGACAGCACCGACUAGCCAUGAGAAGGCACCUGCCGGCACAGAGGCUGAUGUUGACGAGGACUAUGAGCUGCUGGAAGAACCUCCGACGACAGCUGACUGCAUCGUCGUGCGAUUUCGUCUUCCUUCUGAGAAAGAGAUCACAAGGAGGUUCCGGGCAUCAGACCCGCUGCAGGCACUCUACAGCUUCCUGCCAACCCACGGGCUCGACCCAAUAGCGCAUGACGUGUGGCUCUCGUACCCGCGGCAGGUCAUCCCGCGAGUCCGAGAUGUCGCCAUCCAAGACUUGCAAGGAAGCGCCGGAGGGUUCAAGGUACAUGUGGUCAGAAAGUGA